AUCUGACCAGUUACCUCUGGUUAUAACUCCUAGUUGUCCAUGGUUUUAAACUUUAUUUCUGUUCUUAAAUACCUAGAGCUACGAAGUGUUUCUAUUAUACAGUGAUUCUCAGUGAUGGUGAAAUUUGAUGUGAGGGAGACAUACAUCCUAUGAAGAGUGGCCUUCCUCUGUCCACCUCUUUUUUUGUUGGGGGCGGCAUUUCACCUCUGUAUAUUGGACUCUUGUCAUAUGAGAAGGAAAAUUGUUUCCUUGGUUAGAUAGCUUUGUCUGAGCUGCAGGUGUUGUAAAAUUCCAGAUUAUUUUAGCCCAUUCGGAAAAUUGUUUGAUUCAAAGUUUAAUUAACUGCAGUGAGGUGAAGCAUAGGUGGCAUUACAUUUUGAUGUGUCUUUCCAGAGUAAAGCAAGAAAAAGCAAAAAAAAAAAUUUUUUUUAAAUAAAAACCCAACCCUAUCACUAUGUUACAAUGUAUAUUGGCUCUCCUUCUAACCUGUAUGUCUUAAUUCAUUUCAUAAUUUUCAGCUUUUUUCCCCCCCUCUUAGUUUAGGGAGAAUUUCUUGAGCUGACACUCUUUGUAUGAUAUUUAAUAAUUUGUUUUACUGCAGUAUACAGUCUGCUAGUUAGUUAUCUUCACUGGGUGUUUUGUUUGGGCAAUUGCAUAUUUCUCUGAGAAUGUUCUUUUCAUGUUGCUCCUUUUCUAUGACAGCAUGUUCUUAUCAAUGUGGCAGUCUCUUGAAUCUCAUUGAAAUUCUGUUUUUUCCCAUUUCUGGCAACAGCUGUCUUCUGAGAGGCUGUGUCCUGAGCACACAUAUUGGUCUUCUUUUGAAUUGCUGAAUAUUUUUAUAUCCAAUGAUUAUUCCUCUGUUUGUUAAUAUGUUUGAAGCGAUGUUUGCAUCUGUUCUCUGUAGCUGAGAUGUGUUUUUCAGAAACUAUGUAGGCCCCUGUGCAGUUUUUUGUUCCAGAACAGUCUCUCUUUGGUAACCCAAAGCCUACUGGUAAAAUAGCCUCCACCCAGUCAACCUAGUACAUUUGUCAGCACAGUGCCCCAUUACAUUCAGCAGGUUUCUGUGAAGUCUCGGAACUGUGCCACACACCGAGGGCUCCUUACAGCCUCUAGUGACACCAUCAGGGACUCCAGUAGAUUAGAAUUUGUCCCCCUGCUUCUACCUCCAGCUCUUAGCCAGAGGCCAUUUGUGAAGCUGGUGUGGGUCUGUGGUUUGGGGGAUUGGAAAGAGGGAAAUCCUUUUGUAAUCCACUCUGUUCUACCUACACUGCUCCUACUGAAGCCUUCCAAAAAGCCGGGACCCUUGUUUGGAAUGUAGGGGUAAUAUUUAGCCAAACUGGACCACUCACGGUUACCUAACCUUUUUCCCCCUCCUAUAUCUUUGUCUCUGCCUGAAGUACUUUCUUCUUAAUCCCCAUUUCGAUCUGUGAAGAUUCCACGUAUCAUUCCACAUAGCUUAAUGCUACUUUUUUCCAGAAACGUCCUUAGAUUCCUUCUCCCAUAUGUGAGCACCCCUUCAUCACACGUUCUGCCUUAUAUUCUAGCUCUUUAUAUCUUUUCUUUUGCAUUGUGAACUCCUUGAGUUUGGGAACCAGUAUUGCUCGCCUCAUAUGGAGAAAUAUUAGAAUGAAGAAGUAAGAGGAAGCCAGGUUUGAGUCACCAUUCAGUACUUACUCAUCAUGAGACCUUGGACAAGCCUGUGGUACCCAAAAUCUUGGAAACUUGCUGGAUUUGAUGUACCGGGAGCCAGCGCGAUGGUCCUUCACAUUCCAGACAUUUUCUUUUUUGAGCCGUCUGAAAGUACAGCUGGAGCCAUUCCCUAAGAAACUCUUACAGGCCAAGAAAGCAGUACAGAUCUUUGAGAGGUCUGUGUACAGUGACAGGUAUAUCUUUGCAAAGAAUCUUUUUGAAAAUGGUUCCCUCGGUGACAUGGAGUGGCAUAUCUAUCAGGACUGGCAUUCUUUUCUCCUGCAAGAGUUUGCCAGCCGGGUCCAGUUUCAUGGCUUCAUCUAUCUCCAGGCUACUCCCCAGGUUUGUUUGAAGAGACUACACCGGAGGGGCAGGAAAGAAGAGAGAGGAAUUGAGCUGGCGUAUCUCGAGCAGCUUCAUGGUCAACACGAAGCCUGGCUUGUUCACAAGACCACCAAGCUCCACUUUGAGGCUCUGCUGAAUGUUCCAGUGCUGGUGUUGGAUGUCAAUGAUGAUUUUUCUGAAGAAGCAGUCAAACAAGAAGAACUCAUGAAAAAGGUAAACACCUUUAUAAAGAAUCUGUAACUAAUACCAGGGUGUUCUGGCUGUGAUCUGGGCUCUCUGACUUUCCGAAGCUAGAAAAAGACUGAGUCACCUUUCCAUCCCCAUUCCCAUCUCCUUUUACUUCUAGAGUGCUCUGAGACUCCCAUGUAUGGUUUCUUUUACCCUUAGACUUUGCCGUGGUCUUAUUUUGUAUCUCAAAGGCUUCUAAAAUAAAGUUUAUUUGCCUUUUGCUUAUUUUGCUAA